AUGAUCCCAUCACCCUCAGGAAGUCCUGGCCGAGGAGACCGACCUGUCUCAGACAUCUUAGACUCGCCCAUAACCAGAUCACCGCCGCCACCACCGCCGCCACCACCGCCGCCUCGGAAAGAGUUCAAAGCCUACGGUCAAGAUUACCAGUACGCCGAAACUUGGUCCAAUCCGCUUCCAGAGUUUAUCGUUCACAACCCUGGUACCAAGAACGACGACCCCGGUGCGCUAGAAGCAGGAACGGCCGGAGUUACGGGGGGAAUUGGAGCAACGACCAGAGCGGGGCCAAGACCUGAGAGUCUCGACGGCACUCAAGAUACCAGUGCCAGCAUGGAUUACCAGGGGAAUAUUUCACAUCAUCGUCCCGACACUGUCGGGUCUAAGGGAUCCGUCAUGAGGGAAGCGGUCUGGGUACCGCCCUACGAGAAACCCUGGUACAGAAAGCUCACCCAUCUUCAAUGGCUCAUCGCCACCGUUACUGUUCUCGGCAUCCUUGCGGUUGUUCUUGCGAUUCUGGGAGCGAUGGGUGUUCUCACCGGGACAGCUGGUACUCAGUCGACCUCUGGCGCUGCCAACAGCACAAGCAGUGGCGCCUCAACAUCGUCUUCAACGACAUCAUCAUCAUCACCAGCUCGACCAAGCCCAACAUCACAGAAUCUCGACAACUUUUGCAAAGACUCGGAUUCAUUUCUCAAAGACGUCGGCAUCUACAGCAUCCAAGUCGAUGGUACGACGAACUGGGAGCAAGGAUUUGAUUCUGCCACCACGGCGGAACUCUGCUGCAAUGCUUGCUUCAAAGCUUCGAAUUGUGCCGGCUGGUUACAUACCGGCAUCGACUUCACACCCUGCACGCUUUUUUCUCUCAAGGAGGGCAUUUUCGACGAGGCAAAGGAUAAGGACAAGUGCCCGAGGGGUCAGGCGAACGUGAUCACUUUUAAGGAGGAUAACGCGAAGAAGGGUGCCUCUGCGGCAAGGGGACCUUGUAGCAACGGUUUCAAGUUCGGCUAG